AUGAUAAUGGAUCGGUGCCAUCUCCGCAUACACCAUACGCACGACUCACACUCACUGACUCACACACACUCACAAACACCUGACCAGACAUACAUGUAAAAACACAAAUUCUUUAUCGCUGAAUUCAUUAAUAAUGUGAUACACUUUAAAUUCCUUUCUAAUACUAUGUUCCUUUUUUCCACAGCAAACUUUUGCAACGCCACAAAAAUGGGACGUUUUACUUUUAACAAAACCGCUGUUGGAUGGUUCAGUUACUCCAAUGAGCUGUGCACCUCCAGUGAAGGGAGCACGGGUUUACCCAAGGCCACCACGCAAUGCACCAAUGACAAUGGGCGGCCUACGUUCCAGAGAGCGCAGACCUUCAGAUGCGGCACGAGCCUGGGUGAUCUCCAGCAGAUGAUUAACUCCACCAAUGCAAGUACUAUCGCCAUAAGCACUCAAAUCCUGACAUCCAAGCCCGAGACCCUCACCGCUGAAAACAUCACCAUGGCAGCCAAAAUCACCACAACACUACUGCUUGGCAGCUCCUUGAAGGAAGCCAUUAACUUCACAGUGGUCACCAUCAGCCAACUCCUGAAAGCCAGCAGGUCUGAGUUCUCUUCUCAAACCAGCAGUGUUAUAGAGAGCCUGACUUCAGCACUGGAGAACUUCACCCUCACUGUGGGAUCCAGUCAGUCCGAAACAGUGGUCCAGCCCAACUUAGCAAUGAAGUCCUUAAAAGUUAAUGUGUCCCAUGGGGCCGCACAGGGGAUCCAGUUCUCCGCCACACCCAGUACAACUCAGUCCUUUGUGUCUGACAGAAUAUACACCAGCAGUGUACCACAGCUGACCAUCAACAAGACAACACCAACAGGAGUAAACAUUUUUAUCAAAUUUCCACAAGAAAGAACUCAAGAGGCAAUGAAGGUUGGCUUCGUUCUCUACCAGAAUGACAAAUUUUUCCAGUCGAGACGAUUUGCAACACCCCUAGGGACCACAAGAAAUGUGAUCACUGGGAGUAUCAGCAGUGACACUGUUGGACUUCGGAAGACAGUCCCAGAAUUCGUGGAACUGCUCUAUCAACCACCUCCCAUCCGCAACGCAACCCUCUACGACUUUGCCUGUGUGUUUUGGGAUUAUUCCCUCGGGGACUGGAGCACAGAGGGCUGCUUCAAGAGCAACAGGCUCAGUGAGACUGAUCUGGCUAGGGGCAUGGUGGGCUGUGUCUGCAACCACACCACCAGCUUCUCUAUGCUGCUGUCUUUCAGGAAAGACGUUAAAUAUUCAAAAGCAAUGGACAUAAUCACCUUUGUCGGGUGCUUCCUCUCAGUAAUCGCCCUGAGUGCUACCAUACUGCUCGAGCUCAUCGUCAGCAAGUCACGGAAGAGCAACACCACGAUGAUCCUAGUCAGCAUAUAUAGCUCCCUGUUGCUGUUCAACCUCCUUUUCAUCUUCGGGGCCAACAAGCCCCCAGUAGUGGGCACUGUGAUGGCCGACCGUAGCGGGAAUCACAUGCUGAAGUCAGACCUCCACGUGGACCGCGACAGUGGCCCGUGCACGGCAGUGACGGCACUCAUGCACUUUUUCCUGCUGGCUACCUUCACCUGGAAUGCACUGUAUGCCAUGCAGAUGCUUCUGACCAACUUGAGAAGGACGCAGUUGUGCUCCCUCAGGCUGUCUCAGUCGCGGUUCACCGUGAUUUCCUUGAUAGUUGGCUGGGGUUUUCCACUGGUGUUGACGUCCUUUACACUUGCAGUUUCAUACAGUGUGGAGAAUCCACUGAACUAUCGCCAGCAAGAGUUUUGCUGGUUGGCUACCAUGGAUGAAAAUGGGACGUUUGACCCGCGUCGCACCCUGCUGUGGAGCUUCCUGCUACCCGUGGCUGUGCUGCUCUUCUUCAACACCGUGGAGUUAGUUUACUUCUCCAUCACAGCAGUGAGGCAGGCAAGGAGGACGAGGAGGCGUAGCAAGACCAAAACCAACAAUAGCUGCACCCUGCUGAAGGAGGUCAUCAGUAGCAUCUCUCUGGCUGUGCUGCUCGGCCUCACCUGGUUGAUAGGAUACUUGCUGCUGGUGUCCCAUGAUCCAGACGUUCACACAGUCCUCAGCAUCAUCUUCUGCGUUUUCAACACCACCCAGGGCAUUCAGAUUUUCCUCCUGAUCCCAGACUGGGGAAGGAUCAGCACUGCGCUACGCUCCAUGCCCACUCCGACCGUCUCUAUCGGUCUGCAUUCCAAGAAGUACAACGUCAGGGCUCAGCACGGCAAGGGACUCCCUGAGGUCUACAGGAAGAUGGAGACCGACUUCACCUCCAACUUCCACAUCUUGUCUCCUUCCUCAAACUUGCCCAAAGAGAAAGAAACAUAGGACUGAUCAGAAACGUCAUUUUCACAUUUGGUAUCACCACCAGGUCUGGUUUCGAUGCUUUUCUCUGCAGCGCCACUGGGUUUGGGAGUCAGACCGAGCAGCGCGGGACCGUAACCUGACCACGUCCUUCUUAUAAGUCCACCGGCCUCCCCAGGGUUGGCGCAUCCCACGAGGGAGUCCCACUGUGAUGAAGUACCUGCUGGAAAUCAGCUGGAUAUCUGCAAGCACGGGCAAACGCAGUAUCAGUCAGCUGGAUAUCUGUGAGCACGGGCAAACGCAGUGUCAGUCAGCUGGAUAUCUGUGAGCACGGGCAAACGCAGUGUCAGUCAGCUGCGCGGUCAGAACGAUCCUGAUGUAAAAACAACUUAACGCUUUUAAUUCCUCCUUCAUUUCUCUACUCAACAGAUUGUACUGGAAAACUGAAAAGCGAUUUUCCAUGUGGUAUCUACAAAGCUGCCGCUCUCGCCAAGGAAACCUUUAGGGUUUUCAGAGAGCUUCACAGUGUCAGACCUGCGCAGACCUGGGGAAAUGUCCACAAACUGGGUGGUGCUGUUAGUCGAGGUGACAGAUCCCAGUCCAGCAUUUCCAGUAAUCUACUGAAAUCUCACCAAUGAAAGUUCUCUUGGUAAUUUGAUGGGGUUUUUGUUUUACUAUGUAGGCUAUUUCCCAAUUUUAAGUGAAUACUUUUGUGUCGAUAUUCUGCAUACUGUUAGCUCACGGGAAAUGUACUUAAUAAAGCUUUUGGCUAAUAAA